AUGUUCUCCCGCGCCUCUCCGUUGACCGCACUGAGCAGAAGCUGUCGCUAUCUCCUCCGCCCGAACAAUCAGAUCCAGCGGGCUCCGUUUUCGCUUUCCGCGCGCUCGUACGCUGCCAUCAACGCCGCUAUGGCUGACACAUCUGGUAUCACUGCGGAGUCGCUGAAGAAUAAGUUGACUGAGACGCUGCAGGCGCAGCAUGUGGAGGUCGAGGAUUUAUCAGGCGGUUGUGGACAGGCUUUCCAGGCUGUGAUUGUUUCCCCUCAGUUUGAGAGCAAGAAUAUGCUUGCGCGUCAUCGGCUCGUCAACUCUGCGCUUAAGACUGAGAUCGCUGCUAUCCAUGCUUGGACUCCCAAGUGCUAUACCCCCGAGCAGUGGCAGGCUUUGCAGCAGUAA